UUUGACGCGGCACGUCUGUGUGAAAGCCCUGCCGUCGCCUUGUCGAGUCAUCGCCAGAGAAGAGCAGAGAGCAGACGAAGCUGCUGUCCAAUGGCUUGAAAACUGGGAAUAACUGAGGAUCACAGCGGAUUUAUUGCGCCACACAAGCCAAGGGGAGUGAAACGGCGGCCACGGCAGCAGGCUGGAUGUCGAUACGGAUGAGGAUACAGCAUCUUUGAGUGAGACUGUUGCGUUUUUUGUUGCGGUUGCAGACCCGGACGCAGACAACACAAGAGACAGACAGAAAGAAGUACCAGAGCCGCCGCCGCCGCCGCGACACCAGCGAGCGAACUUGGCUUCUCUGCCCUGGGGGGAGGUGUCACGCUGCACGUAGCGCUCACCGCGUCGCCGCUCGGACCUUCCAGACGGAUAGGAUUGUCACUAAGUUAUGCUUUUGUAAAUAGCUUCUUUCUUCGGGAGGUUUCGGCAACCAACUGUGGCUUUAAUGUGACGCACUAUACUGACAUUAGUGCUGUGUGUGUCGGAGCGGACCCCCACUGCAGAGGAGUCGAAAGGCUUUUAAAUCAAGUUUUUACCUUCAUAUUUCCACGGUACCACUACAGCCCACACCGAUGUAACAGUCACAAGCACCGAAGCAGAUCAAGCUGGGCCAGGCUAGGCCAGGCUAGGCCCACCUAGCCUUCUGUCUGGCCUUAUCAGACAGGUCAGCAACCUCUCCAGGGAGUCUUGUCUUCAGCGAGCAGCGGUGGCUUCUGCCUGUUCUUACAGAGACCUGCAAGUAAAGCUGUAAACGGUUGGAUUCCAUUCAUAUUUUGACUUAUCAGCCUUUGGGAGCCCAUUGUGGUCUGGUAGAUCUCCAGUCCUUCCAUGUUGUGGUCAUCCCUCUCUGGAUGUUUGCAUCAGAAUGGAUUCGGGUGUUAACUUGACAGUUGUCAACUCAUUGCAGUACUUGCACCUCCCCUCUUUUCACUGCCAUUCGUCCUUUCCCUCCCCAGUCUUUAAGCAAAAGCCCCUUCCUCUCUCCUGGGGCUUCCCUGAGCCCUGUACGGAAUGGCCUUGUAGGAACUGUAGGUUGUGUUUUUGAAACAUUUGCAAAGAGGAAGUAUAGUUAAAAAAAAAAACCUUCCUAAAAACACCUAACGCAAAGUACAGAACACAAGAAAAUUGAUGCACUCAGUUGAUUGAUUUAUUCUCUGUAAUCCAUCCAUUUCUUUUUUCUUAGAGUUUGAGCAAAGUUAGAAGAGCUUUUCAUUUGAAAAAGAGGCUUGCUGGUCAAGAUUCAUUCUUGGAUACACACAGUUUACACAUAGACUGGUGUGAUUACUCACAUGAAAUAAAUACUUAUUUAUAACUAGAAAUUUUCUCUUUUGUGGUCUGAGCCCUUGGGGAGGAAUGUCUGAAAGCAAUAGCAGCGGCAAAGCGGUGAAAUUCAUUGCCCCGGUGUCCCCUCCUUCCUCUGUCUCUCCCAUACCAUCACCCCAGACCCCCCACAAAAAUGUGAACGGCUCUGCCAGUUCAGACUCGCAUGUGGUGGAGAAACUCAGCGGACACCCUGAGGUCCAACGUCGGCGCCACACGAUGGAUAGAGACUCUAAAACAGCCGAGCACCGCUUCUUCCGGCGGAGUGUCAUUUGUGACUCCAAUGCCACAGCUUUGGACCUGCCAAGCAAAGCAGCUGUGAUACUCACCUCACCUCCAGACUAUGAAGGGCCUCCCAUCUUUUUCCCUCCUCAGGCCUCCAGUCCUGGACUUGUACGAGAUUCUGAAGGUGGGGAGGUCCCAAGGGGUCCCUAUCUGCAAACAUCAACCCUUGAGCCCUGUCUUGGGCUUGGUGGGGCAGUUGCAGAUGGACAAAAUGCUGAAGAAAAUUUAGUUGUGGGAGGCAUCACGAUUGCAGGUCCUACCAGUAGCAGUGUUGAACACAGUACAGACGGGGUAGUAAAAGAGCCCAGCCUGACAGUAUUGGAUGUUAUUGACAAAACAACAGGCAAACAACCAGAAGUCAUAUUGCGUCCCAGGGGGUCAGAGAACACAGUACAAGUGGCAAAAGAUGGAAAAGCGACAGAACGCGUGGAGGAGGGUAGCGCCAGUAGUCCGAGCGAGGAGAAAGAGAGGGAGACGGAAGAGGAGAGGGGGUUAGCGAAAGCACGUGCUGAGCAGAGGGAGGCAGAGAAACGAGUGCAAGAAGAUAUAGAGGAGGUAGAGACAAAAGCUGUAGGGACUUCGCCGGACGGACGCUUCCUCAAAUUUGACAUCGAAAUUGGAAGAGGGUCCUUUAAGACUGUGUACAAGGGACUGGAUACCGAGACUACUGUGGAAGUGGCAUGGUGUGAGCUCCAGGAUCGCAAGCUGUCCAAGUCGGAGCGUCAGCGAUUCAAAGAGGAGGCCGGGAUGUUGAAGGGUCUCCAGCAUCCUAACAUUGUCCGCUUCUAUGACUCCUGGGAGGGACCUUGCAAAGGAAAGAAAUGUAUUGUUCUGGUCACUGAGCUCAUGACAUCUGGAACGCUCAAAACGUACCUGAAGCGUUUCAAGGUGAUGAAAAUCAAGGUUCUGCGUUCAUGGUGCAGACAGAUCCUCAAAGGCCUUCACUUCCUGCACACCAGAGCCCCGCCGAUCAUUCACAGGGACCUGAAAUGCGACAACAUCUUCAUCACGGGACCCACGGGCUCAGUGAAGAUAGGGGACCUGGGUUUGGCCACACUAAAGAGGGCCUCCUUUGCCAAGAGCGUCAUAGGAACCCCAGAGUUCAUGGCUCCGGAGAUGUACGAGGAGAAGUAUGAUGAAUCUGUAGACGUGUACGCCUUCGGGAUGUGCAUGCUGGAGAUGGCUACCUCAGAGUACCCCUACUCUGAAUGUCAGAACGCUGCCCAGAUCUACAGGCGUGUUACAAGUGGAGUGAAGCCUGGCAGUUUUGACAAGGUAGCCAUUCCUGAGGUGAAGGAAAUUAUCGAGGGCUGCAUCAGAACGAACAAGGAUGAGAGGUAUGCUAUAAAGAUCCUUUUGAACCAUGCGUUCUUCCAGGAGGACACGGGGGUCAGGGUUGAACUGGCAGAAGAGGAUGAUGGGGAAAUGAUUGCCAUCAAGCUCUGGCUCAGGAUAGAAGAUGUCAAGAAGCUCAAAGGCAAAUACAAAGACAACGAAGCCAUCGAGUUCUCCUUUGACCUGAACAAGGACGUGCCUGAAGAUGUGGCCCAGGAAAUGGUUGAGUCUGGAUAUGUCGCCGAGGGUGACCAUAAGACCAUGGCCAAGGCUAUCAAAGACCGCGUGUCUCUGAUCCGGAGGAAGAGAGAACAGAGGCAGCUGGUACGGGAGGAACAGGAAAAGAGAAAACUGGAGACUGAACAACAGCUGCAGCAGCAGCAGCACCAGGAGACCCUCAAACCUUCACAUGCACAGCCAGAGGCAGAGGAGACUGAAGUGGAACAACAGCAGCUUCACUAUCAUCAGACCGGCAUCUCACACACAUCUGAAGGAGGUUUGGACAGCGGCCAGUGCUCCUCAGUUCUCUCCUCGGACUCCCCCUACCUUGGUCAGCUGACCAUGUCGUACAGCUGCCCUCCCUCCACCCAUCCCCCCUCCCAGCCCCAAACCCCCUACCCCUCUGCCCCCUCUGCUACCCAGCAGCAGCAGCAGCAGCAACAGCACCCAGGCUACACCCAGCCGCCGCAGCCAAUGCCUGUGCUGCAUCGUCGUCGAAGUCGUAGCAUGUCUGUUUGCGUUCCCCCCUCCUCCUACUCCUUUUCCCAUGCUCCUCCUCCCCUGACUGUUCCUCCAAGUCAGCCCUCCACCCCUCCUCCAGACCUGUCCUCCUCAUCCUCCUUCACCGACCCCUGCAUGGUUCUUGCAGCAGAGAGAGACACGUUUGCUGGGCGUCUCUCCAAGGCCCUGGAGACAGUCCUGCCCCUACACUCUGCUUCCUCUCUGCCCAGGGCCAGGCAGCGGAGGGCCAGCCUACCUGCCCUGUUCUCCUCCUCUCAGCAUUCAAUGCCGCACCCCUACAGUGGAGGAGGAGCAGGAGGAGGAGGAGGGAGCAUCCCCCUCUCAGCUCUCCCAGACCCCACUACUAUUUUGUUCCCCUCCAUCCCUGAGCGGCCUAUUUCUUUCUCGCCUCCCCCCACCGGGCCUCCUAAGGCCUACAACACCCAGAGACGCAAGAGCACGUCCAUUCUGGAGGCUCACACCCGACACUUCCAGCCUGCCUACACUCGCUAUGGGAGCAGUCUGCAUCCCUUUUCUGGGAUGGAGGGAGUUGAGACCCCGUCUCUCUUUAUGGUGAAACCCAGUUUUGCAGCAGCUGCUCAAAGACUUGUUGGGGAGCCCCUGCAUCUCCCAGGACAGUCUGACCCAAGUAUGUAUGGCUAUAAAGACUUGAGAGCAGAGCAUGAGGAAGCAGUGAGGAGAUUAAGUCUGAAUCAAGCUGCCUUAUUGGACCAUUACGAAGCAAUGGCAUAUGGGGGAUACCCAAUGACUGCACACCAGCUUGGCCACUUGAGUUUCCAUCAGCAACGGCAAGCAGCAGCAGCAGCAGCAGCAGCAGCUGCUGCUAGUUUGGGUUUUGAUCCUGUUCCUCCACCUCAACCAGGGUUUUUGCACCCACACAUCAUGCAACGAAUGAGUGCACACAGCCCUGUCCCUCCACCCACUCCUAUGAGUGCGCCCCCUGGUGGCUCUGUUCCUCCUUCAUCAUCUGACGGAUGCUAUCCUCCACCACAGCAUGCUUCCCCUUCUGCUUUCUCCAUUUCUGCACCUCCAGUAAUGGCUGACACCCCACCACCAACUGGAAGUGUGUUUGAGUUUCAUUUAGCUGCAGCUGCCGCAGCUGCUGCUGGAGACCCAAGCUUACUGGCAUCCAGACUUUUCCGGGCCCGGAGGAGCUCCAUGGACCUCCCUCUGGAGGACAACACCGGAACUGGAUCGGGUGGUUCAGGCACGUACAGCCGUCUGCAGCCGGUGACUGAAGAACUGUACACAUACGUCAGUCCAGAGCUCCCCUUACCUCCAGGAAAUCUUCUACUUCACCACACAGGUUUAACCAUAAAAGACAGAAGUCCAGAACCUUCCAGUGACUCUUUGGCCUCCUCUGAUGCUGGAGAGUUCCAGUCACCUCCUCCCCCACCUCUCCUCCCUCCAUUUGACUCUUCAGCUGCUCAGUCUAUCCCUCACUCAUCCUCCACUGUGCUCUACGAUUCCUCUGGCGGAGUGUUUCCUAUAGAUCCCCAUGGACAUCCACCUUCCAUGCAGAGCUUUCUCCCUCCCACCCCAUCCACUGAGCUGCCUCCUGGGGGAGCAUCAUCAACUCAGCUUGAGACUCUGAUGCAGAGUGCCUGGGCCCGGCAUGGCGGUGUGGUGCCAGCUCAACCCGAUAUGACAUACCAUGAGUCACUGCUGGCCAUGCAGGCCGCUAACCCCACUCUGCAGCAGGUUCAGGCUCCCAUCCCCCAGCCCUCUGCAGGACCCCCUCUGGUCCCUGCCACCACCCAGCCAGCUCCUCCUGGGACUCCCCAGCAGGUUGUUUCAUCCAGUCAGAGCAUCACAUCAGUUCAGAGCCCCAUACAUGUGUCUCUGCCUCAGGCCUCUGCACAGCCCAGUGUAAGUCCGUCCACCAUUUCCUUGGUGACCCUGCCCACACCGACAGUGGUCGUGGCAUCCCCUCCCUCUCCUCUGCCUCUCCCUGCUGGGGUGGUGCCUACUAUGCCUACUAUUGCUUCCCCUCCACCUCCUCCUCCUCCUCCUCCUACUACUCCUGUGCCCACACCUGUGCCUCAGCCAUUGGCUACCGUGGUGCCAAUCAUCAGUGUAGUCACCGCCCCGCCUGAUACUCCCAUGGAAACCCCUCCCCAGUCUGCCUCUCAGCCUUCAGAGCUCUCCCAGUCUCAACUACAGCCACCUCAAGUUCUCUCAUCUAUAGAGAGUGGCCACUCUGAGAUGUCAGGUCUGAGCGACGGCAAUGAAGGUGGAGGAGGUCGCCAUGACGGUCGCUCCACCAAGAGACAUCAGAGGCGUUCUGUGCGAAGUCGAUCACGCCACGAGAAGCUCUCCAAGGCGAAACUCAAUGUUCUCAAUAUCUCCAACCGAGGAGACAGGGUAGCAGAGUGUCAGCUGGAGACGCACAACAGGAAGAUGGUGACGUUCAGGUUUGACCUGGAUGGAGACAACCCUGAGGAGAUUGCGCAGAUCAUGGUCCAGAGUGAGUUUAUCCUGGAGAGUGAGAGGGAGUCGUUCAUCGAGCAGGUCAGGGAGGUGAUAGAGAAUGCUGAUGAGAAGGGUCUGGAGAGAGACACAAGCAGCCAAAUGGCAGGAGACAUGGAGCAGCAGAUUCCUGCGAUAUCUGUCCCCAUGCAAGACAUACCUCCCAAUGCAACAGCACAAGUGGUCCAUUCAGCAGGUCGGAGGUUCAUCGUCAGUCCCGUACCUGAAGCCAGGCUGAAGGAGCAAAUGUUUCCCACCUCUCCUCCUGCCCCUGCACCUCCUGCUGAAACAGGUUCUCCAGCUCCAGCUCAGACUCCAGGCCCAGGCUUGGCAUUGUCCCAGUCUGCUGGAGCGAUCAACUUACAACAAGCCUUCUCUGAGCUCCGACAGAACCAGAAUCAGUUUGAUGCUGGUCCCAGUACUGCCCCAGCUUCCAUCCACUCCACCCAUCCUCCUCUGCAGUCUGCAGCAGCUUCUGUCCCCUCACAGGCCAGCACGGUCACUCCCACUGUGGAUCCUACUGCUGGACUUGUCCCUUCCAAUUUAAACCAGACACAGGAGCAGGUCUUGGAGUCCUCUUUUCCUCCCCCUUCCUCCUCCUCCUCCACCCCUUCCUCUUCUCCCGCUGUCUGCCUCAGCCCUCCUUGUUCCUCCUCUCCCCCUCCAACUGUGGUGAAUCAGUCCAUCCUUCAGUCACAGGUACUCUCACAGCCGGGGAUGCAGGCUGUGUCCCAACCCCAGGGACAGGUGCAGGUUCAGGGCCAAGCACAAAUUCAGCCCCAGGCUUUCAGCCAGCCUCAGUCUCAGACAGUUUCGGCUGUCAUUGCUACUUCAGUACCUUCCAUUUUAACACCGGCCAGCAUCCCCAGCACAAUGUUCACCUCCCCUCCUCCUCUCCAGACUGCUCCCCUGGUAUCCUCCCCUCCCUCCUCGACUCUUACAACCAGUGAAGUCUCCUCCGAUCGUCAGACAGUCUCUCCCACCUCCUCCACCCCUUCCCUCUCCUCCUCUGUCAUUCCCACUACUGCCAUCCCAGGCCCCCAGCUCGCUCCUGCUGCUCCCUCCCACCACACUCUGACUUCCACUUCCUCCUCCUCAUCCCCCUCCACUGUGGGACUCCAGCCAGUGACCACCAGUGUUCCUUCAGUCCAGCCAACUUUGGUCCACUCCCAGCCGCAGACAGCAGCCCUGCCCGGACAGACGCAUACACACUGUGGGGAAUGUGAUGCAAGGUGUGAAGCGUCCGCUGAGUCCCAAGGCAAACCUGAUGACAUCCAAGCCCUGGAGAAGAAGCUGCGAUCACUCUUCAUGGACCUUGGUGGAGGGGUGCCACCCACCCAGGGAGAUAUCUUAGCUGCUGACCCUUCCUCUGGAGCUGUGGCAGGUACCUCGUCCCCAUUGGGCCCCUGCUCUAUCUCCAGUGCAUCUGUCACAACACCUGGCUCCAGCCAGCCAGCCAAUCCCCCUCAGCCCCCAUCCAGCCUUGCGCUGGGGUCACCUGCUCCAAUCCAGGGCCCCGGAACACCUAUCUCCACCCCUGCGCAGAUUGUGAUCCCUGCUUCAUCCUUUGGCCAGACCACUCCAUCCAAAACCCCCUUAUCAAGGGCACCGGCCAGUUCUCCUUCUUCAGAACUCCUGCCAUCUUUCCCCGGACCCUGUAUAAUACAGUCCCAGCAGCCUCUGGAGGACUUGGAUGCUCAGCUGAGGAGAGCACUGAGCCCAGAGACUGUUCCUGUCAGCACACACGCACAGGCUUCUCACAGUGGCAUACCUUCAGCGGGACACAUUCCCUUCUCUCUGGAGGAAGAAACUGUGUCCUCUCAUGGUCCUGGAAUUAAACUGGGAAGAUUUCAGGUCUUGCUGGCCACUGAGGAACCUCCUGUCAAACCGCCGGCAUGCACAGAAUCUUCCUCCACCACCUCCUCGUCUUCUUCUUCCUCCUCAUCCUCCUCCAACCUCUCCAGCCCAGAGAAUACACUGCACAAGUGCUCCUUGUCCCCUCUAAGGGCGGGAGGAGGAGGACAAGGAGGGGAUGUUGUCGACGGACUUCCCCAAAGGACUUUUGGAGGGUCCCAGCACCCCUCUCCCUUUGCUUCCCCCUGCCCCUCUCCUAAGCCCACCACUACCAUCGGACGCUUCCAGGUUACCACCAACCCUGAGGCCCGAGUUGGUAGAUUCUCAGUCAGUCGUGCCCAGGAGCAAAGUCUUGAGUCAAGGCAGACCCCUCCACCCACUCCCCAGGCUAGUAAUGGACCCAGUGAUCCGGGGCAGGUUUUGAGUCCAGACUCCACACAUAAAGCCUCUCUGCCGAGUCUAAACAACAACUCCUUCAAUAACUCCUACAUCAGCAGUGACAACGACUCUGAAUUUGAGGAUGAAGACUUCAAACGGGAAGUCAGCCGCCUCAGAGAAAAGCACAUGCGAGAGAUUCAAGCGCUCCACUCCCGCCAAAAGGAGGAAAUAGACCGUCUCUUUACCAAACUUGGAAAGGUUCCUCCAGCCGCAGUCGUCCCUCCAGUUAUAACCCUGACAGGCAGGAGGAGACGACCUACCAAAAGCAAAUCCUCCAAAUCGUCCAGAACCAGCUCCACGCACGGCAGCAAGAGUCCGUUACAGCCAGGCAGCACUUUAUCCGCCCAGAGUGUCCCCACCAUGUACCCUGGUCAGCUGGCUCUGUUAGCCCCAGGAGGACUAGCCGAUUCAGGCAGCAGUAGUCUGCUCCAGCCUCUCAAACCCUCUCCCUCCAGCAACAAUCUGUGUUCGGCCUACACCAGCGAGGGGGCGCUCUCUGUUCCCAGCCUGUGUGCUCCCACCCCAGGCUGUGUAAAGUUCAGCUGGGGUUCGGAGCGUUUGGCCUUCAAGCCUGGCGGCAGGAGGACGCGCUUUCUGAGUACGCCCUGCUUGGCUCUUUGGAAGAUGGUGAAAAAAGUCUGCCCCUGCAACCAGCUCUGUAGGACUAAUAGCACCAAUGCCGUGAGCGGUUCAGGUGGUUUGGGUCAGAGCCAGGGAGGCUCUCAGUGUCUGCCCCCCAGCAUGUCAGCCUCCCAACAGAGGAAAGGAACCUUCACCGAUGACCUCCAUAAACUGGUGGACAACUGGGCCAGAGAUGCCAUGAACCUCUCACAGGGGAAGAGAAGUGCCAAACAGCUGCAGCAGGCCCCAGCACAGGGACACAGCUACGAGGUCAUCCAGUCAGCCAGUCUGGGCAGGAAGUACUCUGCCCCCAGCCAGCUGUGUGCCAGCAGUAUUGGAGGCUCAGCCCACCUCCCUGCAAACCCCACCACCGCUACCUCUCUGGCCGCCCGCAAGGGCUCCCUGUGCCACCCCCCUGCCUCCUCCACUCCACCUCAACCCCAACCACCCCAGUUCAUCCACUACACCCCCACCGCCACCUAUAGCGCACAAUGGUCUGGUCCGGCUCACGGCUUAUCAGCCCCACACCAGGCCUCUGCACAGCCUGGGCCCCUACUUGUCAGCACCUCUCAGCCCUUGGGUCCCUACCCUGCCACAGUUGGCGGCCAGGGCCAGAUUCCCGGGCAGGGGCCUCUCCAGGCUUUCCAUUCGACCAAUGCUCUGCAGAAGUCAGUCAGCAACCCAGGAGGACCAAACCUGAGGACCACGUAGGGCCAUGGCUGAGGGCUGGUGUGAAUCCCGGCCUGCUUGGACUGGACUGGUGUGAAACAGAGUGUUAUGCGUUUGAUUGGCUGAAGGGGCUGGCAGUGUGGAGAACAAGGACUUUGAAAUGAUAGAAGCUGACCUGUUCAAGAGAAGAAAAGAAAAGAAAGGAAAUGAGGAGGAUUGAGGAAGUCAGAAAUGCGAUGAGGCCAUCUCCACACUUUGUGUGAUGCAUCUGACACAUGCAGUCACACAAUCUCCCUUUAUGCUGUGUUUGACUGUGUUCGACUUGUGACAGCCAGCCAAAUGCUCAAGGAUAAAGGAAAAGACUCAUGAGUGCAAUGUUAAAAGGCCAAAGAGGUUUUGACAGGGUGUGGGACUGGUGUUGAUAAAUGUUUGUGUGUGAGGUAUUGAGGUAUUGCAUAUAGGCACAUAUGGCUCGGCCACGCUUGUUCCAUUUCAUGUUCUAAACUGAGGUCAGGUCACACCAUCACCCUCUUGCGACGGUGGAGGGGGAGUUGUUAGAUCACGUUGAGAGGGGAGGAAUGUGGUGGACAGCUUUUACACGGUCAACUUAAGCUCUUGUAUCCACACUGCACCUCUUAGUAGAUUCAACAAUGUGUUUUUUUUUCUAGAUUUGAUAAAGAAACAAAAUGGACACUCUAUAAAGAGGUGACUGAUGGAUACAAAGGGAUGCGUGGCUGACCACCACAUUAAGCUUGUGUUUCUUAGUGUUCAGUGUGAACAUCAAACAACACAUCACUCAAAAAUCAGUGAUAGCAGUUUACAUCCUUUAAAUUCGUGCAUUUGUGAGGAAGGCUGCAGAUGAUAAAAGCUUUGAGAGCUGAGUUCAUCUUUGGUUUAGGGAGUGUUUGUUCCUCAGUAUUCAAAAUUCAAAACUCAAAUUUUUCUUAAUCCUUAGAAGCACACAAAAAAAUUCCCAAACAAAUCAAAUGGCACACUGAGACUUUGAACACCUGAAGCUGAGCUGAACUUGAGCCUGGUUUAGAGUAAGUCCAGCACCUGGGGUGGAGUUUUGACUCGUCAGCGUGAGAAAAACCGUGACAGCUAACUCCUCUUGUCACCGUCUGUGUCUUGGUCCUUCCUUGUUUGUUUAUCCACAACGCAAACAGAUGGAGGGGGAUGGAGGAGGGAUAAUAAGAUGUGGAGGGAGAACAGCAAGAGAGUGUUUGUGUUAAAUAACAUCCAAACAAUCCAUCUGUUUCGUGUUCCAGUGUUUACUUUCGGGAGCAUUCAAGUGAAGUACUGAACGGACAUGACGGAUGCUUCCGCGCGCCAGACGCCUCUUCACCGUCACAGCUCCACCUCUUCCACCUCUUCCACCGUCCCUCUCUCUGCCUUUCUGUUGUCAUUUGAAGCAAUAACAGCAGCACCCUUUUAGAGAAAAAAAACAAAACGUCCAAACAUGAGCGAACUCAGCGUGAAAAAGUGGCCUUGUCAUCAGAAUAAUUUAGACUCCCUGUACAGUUAGUUUGUGUCUGUUCAUUUUGUAGAAUGAUGAUUCCAUUUUGUCCUUUUAUUUUGCUUUUGUUUUGUCGGGUUCGUUGUGCUUGCUGCCCCCAGCCAGACACACACACACUCACGCACUCUCUCUCUCUCACACACACACACACACACACACACAAAAUGCAUGAGACAUAAACGCACACACCUGCACACACACACACAGUCAUGCAAAGACUCAUGUAAAUACACACACGUUUUCUGAGACGUAGCAGCUGUAACAGACGUAAACCCACAGACUAAUGCCUCAGUUCUCAUUAUCAUCAUUAGGUUUGGUUUCAACGUUUGUGUUGAAAUGAUCGCAAUGUACAUUAUUGUCAUGAUUAAUGUUGUUAAUGAUUAUUAUUCUAUUUAAAAAGAAACAAAAAACAAGAACGUGUUCUGUCAACGGACCUGUUAUGCGCUCACAUCGGUGUACGAUGUGGAAACACUGUGAUUAUUGUUGUUUAUUAUUAGCAAAUGUUGUUGGACAACAUUAGUUUUAGGGUGAAAUGUCACAAAUAAAAAACAAAACGAAAAACAAAAACAAAAAAAAAAUGCAUACAGAGAGCGGCUUUGGGGUCCUUUCACUUUCAAUUCACUGCUUUCAGCAAAUGGAUUCUCAUCAAAAUGUGAAAAUUGCAAAAAAAACCAACAAAACAAAAAAUGCCUGCUUUCAGUAAUCGUCCUUACAUCCAGUUACUGAGGACGCUGAACCAAAACAGAUGCCUUACCGACAACAAGUCAACUUCAGCUUGAGUUUGUCUUUACAACUGACUGAAUUGAAAGUCGAAACUGACCUCCAAGCCCGACUAUAAAGACAAACCGGGGUGAACAGCAGGAUAGUUGACAUUUAGAUAAUAAAGUAAUGCUAGCUAUUUUUUGUUUCUUAAUACAGUACUUAUAUAUCAGACACUUUAAAUAGCCCUCCUCUUCCCUUUCUCCCCUGGUUUUGUUAGAUGAAUGUGAAUGUAUAAACCAAUGGUGUCCAUUUUAAUGUACUUGAAAAAAGAAAUCUGUCUUUUUAUUUUUGCUUUAUUUUGCUUCCCCCUGACCCCCCCACCCCUCCCUAGAGCCUCUGGUGGUUACCGGAGACACUUACUAGUGCCUUGCAUCCUUCCUGUUGCUUGUUUCGUUGGGGGUUAAGGACUCGGGUUAAAGUAAGCACACUUAGCAGCUUGUGUGGAGAAUUUUGGGGUGUCACUUUGAGGUCAGUGGUGACGAGUGGACCCGUUGUUAGUGGAGAUGCAGUAAUGAUGGCCGUUGUUAGCUGCUAGAGCUCGAGUUUGUGGUUAAUGCGCUUUGAUUUCGGCAAACUGAGAGUGUGUUUUCCACCCAGAAAGUAAGAAUGUUUCCCCGUGGAUUCGAUUAACCAUACAACUUAGCUCUUUGAACUGACCGCGUCUAAGGCCCGGGUUACACCACCAACACGAUGAAAGACGGAGAGAACGUCAGUGCCAUUAUUUUCAGGGUUUUAAAUGUAGAUAUUGGGAAGAAAAAAAAACCUUUAAAGAUAUUUUUUUUCAGUUUUAAGGAGGGAGUUGUUGAAGAUUGUAUUUGAAGCUUGGACCACUCUGUACUUUAGAGGUGUUGACCCAGGUGAAAGGUAUUGUCACCAGAGGACGCAUUGGUGCAGUGAGCUAUAGCUACUUUGUUCUAAUGUUGACAUAUCUGAUCUGUUUUUGCCAAAACUAACGAUGCGGUGGCCUCUCGGAUAAAAAAGCAAACGAAAUUUCCUGGCACAAUUGUACUGUUAUUCAGUGAAUGGUGAGUGCAGACAUUUGCUACAGCAACUUUACUGUAGGAGAAGGCACAUCUGCUCUAAACGUCACAUAGAUUUGCAGUGAAAUCACCACACCAUAGUGGGAAGGCCAGCCUAAAACUAAGCAGACUGACCACAGAGUCUUGAACACAUGCAUACAUUUGCUAUGCAGUCUUUAAAAGCCCUGAAAAGUUUCACACUCGAAAAACCAGAUAAUCUGCUUUAUCAGGUUUUGACAGCGACCGAAACUCCUGCCAACUUGUAUCAGAUGCUGAUGAAUCCUGAUUGGUGCAUGGAAGCACCUUUGUGCGCCACUUAAACUCUGCCCAUUUGAGAUCAGUGAGGAGACGACAGAGGAACAAAGAAAUGCAGAAAUUCUUGUGCGAAAUAACAAAAACUGUCCAAAUUUUGCUAUAAGAUUGCAUUUUCAUCUUGGAGCCUGACAUUUAUAAUAAGAAGCUGAUUGAGAGUUUAACUGUUAAGAAAAACAUCCAGAAGAGCAGGACCACCGUGUUGCCCCUCUGGUGUAAUAUGUUGUUAUCCAGUUUUUAUCCCCCUAAGAAAGGUGUUGGCUGUAGAGUUGCUGCUAAUGGGCAAAAAAAGACUGCCAGAGGUAUGAAUAUCUUCUCAUUGACUCUUUUUCCCACUGUAUGUGUUUGGAGGUGCACCGAUGGGAUUUCACUCCCAAAAAAAUUAAGAUAAAGUGUGUGAACAUGAGAGCAUCACAGUGUUAGAGGUGGUGUUGGUGGUGGUGUUGAUUGUACUGGUGGUGAUGCAUUUAUGGUGGUUUUGCAUUCAAAGCCUUUUACAUCCUGUCCUCUUUUUCUCUUUUUCACAUCAGUGCAAAUGAAACAUAUCUGGUACAAACUCUGACAUUCACUUCACAUCUUUGUUUUGUUUUUUUAUUGCUGGCAGUGCGUGUUUUGGAUUCACAUAAAACACAUGAAAAGGUUACUUUGUAAAGUUUGUACAAAAAAAAAAACAUUGCUUUUGCCUCUUUUGGGGGGGAUAAUUUCCAUUUCUCAUGGAUAAUAAUGCAACAUUUUUACUACUAGGUAAGUUUGGUUGAAGCUGUGAAUAAUCAUUGAGCCACUUUGCUUUAGUUAUGGUUAAGAGCAUUCUGAUUGCCAUGAUCUGUUAAAAGAAGUCAGAACUUUAACGAUGCCAUAGACUUGGCGCCAUUUGAUUUUGUGUCAGUGGAGCAGAGACAUCAGAAGUAAAUAAUAAAAAAUAAUAAUUUAAAAAAAAGCGCAAUUGACUUGCCUUAACUCACUGGAGUCGGUUUGGUUUCCAGGCGGAUUUUCGCUUUGUGAUCGCUCGAGCCUCAAAUGAUUUCCACAGUAGAAGCUUGACGAUACUUUGCUGUGUCUCGACUACAUAAUUACUAUGAAAGCAAAGCCUGCUGCAAUGCAAUGUUAUUUUAAGUCACAGUGUGCUAUCAAGCUCUGAGGUUACAGUUGCUUUUGACAGUCUAACACACCUGCUGGAGGACUCCAGUGGGUGCAAUUAUUGUGAUUUUAUUUUAUUUUAUUUUUUUUUUGUAGUGGAGGACUCUUACUGUGAAAGGCUUGAGAGUUAUCCAGUGCGGGCACUCUUAUUAUGAAGUUUAUUGAAGCAAAGGGGAAAAGUAGGCUUUCUUUUUCUGGUCACAUACAUACAUUGUAGCAGUUUUCAACUCACUCACAUCAGAUUUCACAGUUUUCUAUUUGCCUGUUCAGGACUCACCAUCCUAUUUAUGCUUUUUACUGUAGAAGUGUGAAUACAACGAUGCAUACACACAGAUUCAUUCAGUGCUUCUCCUUGCGUAGCUCGCUCCUGUGGAAUGACGCCGAGUCUCGAGCACAGCAGCAGUUUCUCCUGCAGACUGUUACUGAACACGUCGGUCAUGUUUCUGCUCUCUCUGAUGCGCUCAUGUUUUAUUGUUUGUAGUUCUCACUUGUUUUUAUCAGCUGUUUUAAUGUCUCUAGCAGCACCUAACUUAAUUCAGUGUUUGCAUUUUUCUGUAUCGUGUUUGACAUUGUACAAAGUGGUUGGAUUAGAGGAAAAAAAAUCACGUGGGUGAAUGGAUGAGAGAAAAUACAAAAAAAAAAUACGUGUAGGGACUCAUCUGCAGCCUUUAAAGGUAUGUUUUGCACUAAGUAUAGAGUGUUCAAGCUUCAUAUUAAAAAUAAAACAAAUUUUGCGCUUUGCGCUACAAUACAAUGAAAUUUGUUACUUUAUUUGUAAAAACUUAAUAAAUAAAAGUUGUUUAAAUGAA